UUAGAUGUUGUUAUGUAACUCUGGAAAGCCAAGAGCAAAAGAGAUUCGGGAUGCAGAGCAUCUAGAGACCAAUGUAAUCCCUCUCCACAGGGGAGGAGCAAGGAAGACAACUUGCCAGAAGAUCCAAAACCGAUGUGACCUUUACUUUCCUAAUAAGGUGAUUCUGAAAUUCUGAGUAGAGGACUCCUAGCCUGAGCUGUUGAGCUACUUGGUACAGGAGCCUGAAGAUGCAGCAAGCCUGAUAGUGAGGACCAAAGAAACUCCUUAAAGAAGUCAAUCUGAAAUAUUGACAAUGUCUAUUAUGGAUCACAGCCCCACCACUGGAGUGGUGACUGUUAUUGUUAUUUUGAUUGCUAUUGCGGCUCUUGGUGCCUUGAUACUGGGCUGCUGGUGUUACCUGCGUCUGCAGAGGAUCAGUCAGUCUGAAGAUGAGGAAAGCAUUGUGGGUGAAGGAGAAACCAAAGAGCCUUUUCUUCUGGUGCAGUACUCUGCUAAAGGACCUUGUGUAGAGAGGAAAGCUAAGCUAACUCCAAAUGGCACAGAAGUACAUAGCUAACUUGGAGCAACAUGUGUAUAUGGACUAUGCUUAUGAUGUGUGUAACCAGCAGAAUAUAUUGUGAAGAACCUGGUCACAUACACACUACUCAUCAGAAAACACCCUGAUGAGGAUUAAAUAAGCUUUGUUUGGAACUGCAUGCACUGAGAAGCUGCACUUUGCAUCAACUGUGUAUCCUAAUUCGUCUAUGACAGGAGCUGACUCACCUGGCAUAACGUCCAUUGCCGGCAAUGGACCCAGGAAUAUACUGGUGUGAAGAGACUACUAGUGUUUUUUGUUACUUGAAUGUUUAGCUGAGCCUAUUUUGAUGGAGCUACUACUGUAAUGUGAACUACUUUACAACUGUGAACUGUAAAUAGGCUGCCAGAAGCUUUUUGCUUUGUGUUCCACAGCACAUGGGAAUAGUAUGAUGCAACUGUAAAUAACACACAAGGGGACUCCUGAAUCACAACUAUAGAUGGGAUUCCAGACCUUCAAAACCAAAUCAGCAGUUAAAGCUUGCUUCUGCUACAAACUUGAGCGCACAGCCAUAAAGUCAGAACUCCUACUCUUAACAGCUUAUUGGACUGAUGCAGAAUACUUUCUUUGAAAAGAAGGUAUAAGCCUUCAGUAACAUGUUGAGGGAGGAAACACAGGAGCUGCAAGAAAGGAAAUUAUUUUCUUUAGUUGCAGCUAGGUAGGUUAAGCUUUUGGCUGCUAGAACUUAGUUCUCUAACUAUGUAGCUACUGCAAGGAAACUGCCAUCUUGAUGGAUUCCAGCCUGGGAACUAAUGAUGGAUACUAAACCCUCAGGGAUGGUCCAGAAGGUUUCCAGGAGUCUGAAAUGGCAGUAGAGCAGGCUUUUCUGCAUGCUGAAACUGCAGAAGUGAUUACUUAUUAAAACUGGCGUAAGUGCAACUAGUAUGAAUUUUUCCUAGAACCCCUGUUUGUGUACUUAGCAGUUAGGGUAUAUGUUAACAGCCUGUUGUAAAAAGGCAUUUUAGUCUACAACCAGUCAAGUAUAGAAUUCAGUUACUCUAUCUUGUAGAUAACUCUCUUGAUUUAACUGUACUACUACAAGAUAAACUUCAGUCUUUCCUACAAAAACAAAUGUUGAUUAUGGGGAAGCAAGAUUGCUGAUCAGUUUGUUAAAGGUUUUUAACUAGCAAUGGUGAAGUCCUUCCAAAUAAGGACAUCCCUUCCCUUUCCUGCCCUGUAGUUCAGCCAUAGGAACUGUAAAAAGAUGUGUUAAAUGGUGAGUUCUGGACCCCAAAGGUUUGGGAGGGAAGAGGGGGGCAACACUGAGCCACCAAUGGCAGCUUACAUAUUCUAAAUCCCAAAUCCCUUAGGGUGGGCACAUAUGCUUUGAGGCCACUGACCUGUUUUCUAUUACUUUAUACAUAGCUUCCUUUGCUUACUGAAAUUUUUAAAUGCUUAAUUGCCUAGGAGAAAAAAAAAUCUACUGUAAAUCUGUUCCCUGAGAUAAGUUACAAAUAAUGAAGUCUAAGUUCUUCAGCUCUACAGGAAGCAUUAGACUUGCUUCUUGUGCCUGUACAUAUGGAAUGACUAAGUAACAUAGGCCUAGCAACCUUGCUUGAGAAUUACAACUAUAUGCAAGACAACACUGGCCUGGACAAAAAGUCUUGUCCCUUUCUUCUACAGCAAGAGGUUGACUUGCAUUUUUAGUGCUACAUUUGCCUAUUUUUUUUUUUAAUUGAAGGCUAUAGUUUGAAGCAAAACUAAUGCUGUCAGUAGCAGAAAGCUCCUGGUGUUGCCUCUUGAGUACAAUAUGGGGUACAGCUGAUAGAGGGCUGUUCUUGCCCUGGCAUGUGCUUUUUUAAAGAUAGCAGUCUCAUGAGACUUGCACAUAUAGCCAGACCUGUACACUUAAACUGCUGUAUUCUAGACCUCUUACAAAUCAAGGAGAAAAGGAUUAAUUCAUUAAGACUUUCUUUAGUUCACACAUGGCUCUUGCAGGUUUCAAGACAGUCAGAUAACUGGUAUACAAAAGUGAUGCAAAGUGCUGAAGUUCUAGAACAGAAUAGUUGUAGCAAGAUGACUUUGUCCAUUCAAGUUUACUGAUUACACAGAUGAAGGAUCUCUAUUUUAAUUCAGCAAAGAGAAUGCAGUGUAAAGGGCAAACUUCAGAACUUAUGGAAAAGUAUAAAUCAAAGGUCUAAUUUCUCUUCUAGCAGCUGUAAGAAAGCCAGUGAAAAAUAACUGGUCCUUAGUCAGAGGUGCUUCACACUGCUGCCCCUAAAAAUCAGCCUCUUCAAAUGAAUAGGUGUUUGCAAGUUAGUACAAUAGUAAAGUGCAGAAAGUGUUUUCCAUUCUCUUCUUCUCUUUAGAUGUGGGUAUCUAAUAAGUUUUUCAAGUAUACAAAAAUACUCCAUUUGAUUUUUCUUUUUCUAGAUCGUGUGGGGGAAGUAGUCUUUACUUACAAUGAAUUUCAAUAAAAUUUGCAUAAAUACCU